GGGAAAAUUUUCUCUCGCAGUUUCACCACAUCAGCCGAGUCGUACUGAUCUCCUGAUUGGUCUUCUCGAAAGGAAAAUAAACUGUGCAGUGAAGCUCAUUUCAAGUGCAAUUCUUGAUCCUAGUGGGUUGUUGAGUGUGAUAUUUGAGUAACUGGGAAAUUGUGUAUUGUUCGACGUAUUAUCACGGAUUCUAGGAAAAUUGUGACUGAAAGUUACGCUGCUGCGUAGUGUUUGGAUAGUUCGACAGCUCAUCAGGAUAACCACCGUGUCUAGCACGAUUGUUACAGGGUGUAUUAUGUAAUUUGGUGCAAAGUGCAUUUCGUCAGAUUUUUGUCAAAUAGCUUAAGAUUUACUAAGAACGUGCAGUAAAAUUCGUGACGAUGGGUAGCCCUAGGAAGGAAGUCAACGUGGACAUGCAACUGCUUAGCAAGCCAUCCUCGCCGACCAGGAACGGUGACAUGAUAGUGGAUGAUAAUUAUGAUCCACAUCUUCACCGGAACCGACCGCAUCCAACGACGAAUUUUGAAACCUUGGUACAUCUUCUGAAGGGAUCGUUGGGGACGGGAAUCCUCGCGAUGCCACAAGCCUUCUACAAUGCCGGCUACGUGUCCGGAUUCAUCAAUACCAUUCUGAUUGGUGCUUUGUGUACAUACUGUUUGCAUGUCCUGGUUCAAGCGCAGUACAUCCUCUGCAAACGGCACCGGGUUCCUAUCCUGACCUAUCCGGUUUCGAUGAAGAUGGCACUGCAGGAAGGACCGGCGUGUUUGAGGCGGUUUUCCCCUUACGCGAUCGUGAUCGUUGACGGUUUUAUGAUAGUCUAUCAGCUAGGAAUAUGUUGUGUGUACAUUGUAUUUGUCGCUACGAACGUUAAACAGCUGGUCGAUAUCUACCUAAACUUGGACGUUAAAAUUCACUGCAUGAUUCUGCUGGUUCCUCUGAUUGGCAUCAACAUGAUCCGCAACCUUAAGAUUCUGGCUCCCUUCUCUACGCUGGCAAACCUGAUCACAUUCGUUGGCCUUGGCAUGAUUCUGUACUACAUUUUGGAUGAUCUACCGCCACUUUCGGAACGCGAAAUGGUGGCUGACCUUGGCCGUUUCCCGCUGUUUUUCGGAACAACAUUGUUUGCACUGGAAGCUGUCGGAGUGAUUAUUGCCUUGGAAAACAACAUGGCAACACCGAAAUCUUUCGGUGGAACUUUUGGAGUCCUCAACGUCGGAAUGGUCGUCAUUAUUGCUCUGUAUGCCGGUAUGGGAUUCCUGGGUUAUCUGAAGUACGGUGGUGAGGCGCUCGGCAGUGUGACUCUGAACCUUCCGGAAACUGACAUAUUGUCACGAACCAUUCGAGUUCUGUUUGCCGUAGCGAUUUUCAUCUCGUAUGGAUUGCAGUGCUACGUCCCGGUGGAUAUCAUCUGGAACGUAUAUCUGGUGGAAAAGUACAAGGAUUCGAACAAUAAGUUUGUAUACGAAAUGCUGGUUCGCAUUGUGGUUGUAAUCGUGACCUUCUUGCUGGCGGUGGCGAUUCCUCGACUGGGUCUGUUCAUUUCACUCUUCGGUGCACUCUGUUUGUCGGCACUGGGAAUUGCCUUCCCUGCCAUCAUGGAAAUCUGCGUGCUUUGGCCCGACAAGCUGGGACCGGGAAAACUGGUCCUCUGGAAGGACAUCAUCCUGAUUUUGUUUGGCGUGAUCGGACUCGUCGCUGGAACCUACACCAGUGUUCGUGAUAUCGUCUACAGUUUUCAAUAGACGCAUUACCAAGAGUAUUUUUCUUAUCCAACCGAAGCAAUUUUUUGUUUGUUAGUUACCAUAGAGCAUCUUGCCUGAGUGUAGGACUUACGAAAACAAAACUAAGAUAGAUAGGCAAACCGUCGUCACUAGACGAAUGAUACACGCGAAAGCCCAAAUCUCAUAGACUGUAGUUAAUUUGCUACCAAAGUAGUGAGAAGACUUUAUAACAAUGCCUAACUAAACGGAAAAAGGUAAUAGAAGAGCAGAGCUACCAUGAAUAAGAGACGAACAAUCAGAUGCUAAAGGAAUGUAGAUAAAGCACUGCUUAACCUAAAAUGGCCUUUACAGCACCGGUAGGAAGCUGCGCGCGAUAGUUGCAAGUUCACAGUCCGAUGGCAGUUUAGAAAUUGGAAUCGCUGGCCAACAUAUCAAAUGAAUUUAAUUGAAAAUUUAAUGGUUCACUAAAAUCUUUAUGGGCAAAUUGUCCCGGCACAUUCUGUUACCGAAUCCACCGUUAUUUUUGACUUUAAACUGUGCUUUGUGUAUAGAUGGAGGAACUUUCUCCUUCGUAAACUACGCUCGAACUUGAUGGGAGCUUUGCGUAAGUAUUCCUUGUAUUGUUUUUCCUUGGAUGGAUGACCGACCAAUUUGGUUGAUGAUUUUUGGCAUGCCAAAUAAUCCGCUCAAAGCGUUCGUUGCGAAGUAACUGAUGUCACUAAUAAAAACUAUAAAGCUG